ACACAAAAUCAGUGUGCCCGAGACUUGCGAUUGGCAUUGGACUUACGAACGGCACGAGGUGGCUAACGAUACGCACGCGAAGAGAAAAAGCCAGUUACGGCCCAUCUGACGCAUAAUAACGAGUAGAAUACCCUUACAGGUAAAGAACCCAUGUGAAGUUGUGGGUUAGGAUGUUUCGACUGGUAACUACUGACAUAGCGUAUAUACAAAGUUGAUGACGUACGUAACGCACGUGCAGCGAAUCGAAAACAUCAUGAUCACUAUAAAAAAUAUCAUCAGGACUACAGUUUUCCUUGUAUUACUGGUUGGAGUAACCUGGGGAGCAGCUAGAAAUCAUUCAGAUCAGGUCGAUAUACACAAGAGACAUCAACAUCUUGCUUCUAGUAGAACAACCUGGUCAACUAGAAUUGGGGUAUGGGGCAGUUGGAGUAACUGGUCAGCCUGCUCUCGGACUUGUGGUCGAGGAGUAUCAACUCAGAGCAGAGAGUGUCUUGUAGCGCCACGAUCUAGAAGGUUUAUUUCACAUCGUCGAAUCAGGACACGGCGGAAUCAUAAACGUGGAAAAGGAAAAUGUCUUGGUGUUUACAAACGUUUCCAAUUGUGCAACUUAAAGCCGUGCAAACUUUCACUUGACCACAGGAAGGAGCAGUGUGCCACGUUUGAUGGACAAAACUUCAGAGGAAGGUAUUAUCGUUGGGUGCCAUACAUAAAAGAAAUAGAAAAAUGUGAACUCCAUUGUAGACCAGUUGGUUAUCAAUUUUACGCUCGUCUAGCCAAGAUUGUUGAGGAUGGAACAUCAUGUUCGGCUGAAACAUCGAUGGACAAAGUGUGCAUCGCUGGACAUUGUAAGGCAACGUUGAAGGUGACGACUGGGCAGGACGGGGCGCCCUCUUCAAUAAUACUGAAGUAGGUUGAAAGGAACUCGUGGAAUGUCUUUUUUGUGUUUGUGUGGUCUAGAUUCUCGAGAAAACUGUUUUUAUGUUUGUUUCAAGAGAAAGCUUAAAACUAAGAGAUCCAUUUCCUUUCCAUUCAAAAACACUUUUGAAACGAGUUCCUUGAUGAACAGAGAAAGCUAAAACGUGUUCGUAUGUGUUCUUGAAGGACUAGACAAGCUAUAAGUGUUAAUUUCUUCAGUAAACAAUGCUAGUCUUGAACUUGUUGUUUUCAUAUAACUUUUAUCCUGCCAUCUUGUAUAACAAAAUUUGGAUAUCAUAUGGCAUUUUGUUGGAAUAUGAUAAUGACGGGCGUAUUAACUGUUUUUUAAUCACGUAUUUAUAAUAUCACGAAAAGUUCUACAAUAUCACCUGUAGUUGCCAAAAGGUUUUGCUGAUGUCUUGUUAAUUACUUAGAUGGUUA